UGAAAGACAAUUUUCAUCGUAAUUAUCAAACAGAUGUAUCUUGUUUUAUCACAUGCGAUGGUAUAACAGUUUACUUUGCCGGCAGACAGAGAUAAGCGGCAAGUGCAUUCAUUUCGAGUGACCUUUCUCUCAUAAAAUUGUUCCAUCGAGGUUACCUCUUGAGGUUUUCCAAAAUAAACAUGAGAUUAACGUUACGAUUAUUAUUUUCUUCUGUUGUUCAGAAAAGACCAUUUUUCGUUUCUACCCCGAUCUUUUAUGUGAAUGCCGCCCCGCACCUAGGCCACCUGUACUCAGCGGUGGUGGCAGACGCCAUACAGAGGUUCGAGAAGCUGACUGACCCCCACUGCAAUGUCUUAUUUAGCACAGGCACCGACGAGCACGGUACUAAGAUCCAGCAGGCGGCCUCAAAAGCCGGUCAGGCUCCAGCCGAUUAUUGCUCAACAAUCUCCGAGGAAUACCGCCGGCUCUUCGCGGAGUACAAUGUCGAACAUACAGACUUCGUCAGAACUACGGAGGAUCGGCACAAGAAGGCUGUGGCUCACUUCUGGAACGAGCUGGUAGAAGGCGGACACAUCUACAAAGCCGUGUAUUCGGGCUGGUACUCCGUCAGCGACGAGAGCUUCGUGCCCGAGGCGCACACGAGGGAGGUCCUGCAGGGCGGACGGAAGGUGAAGGUGUCGGCGGAGUCCGGGCACGAGGUGGAGUGGACGGAGGAGCCCAACUACAUGUUCCGGCUCAGCGCCUUCCGGGGCCACCUGCAGCGCUGGCUCCGAACAGGUGCCACAUCCUUCGUUCCUGGUGCAGGUGAAGGUGUCAGCAGUCCGGGCACGAGGUGGAGUGGACGGAGGAGCCCAACUACAUGUUCCGGCUCAGCGCCUUCCGGGGCCACCUGCAGCGCUGGCUCCGAACAGGUGCCACAUCCUUCGUUCCUGGUGCAGGUGAAGGUGUCGGCGGAGUCCGGGCACGAGGUGGAGUGGACGGAGGAGCCCAACUACAUGUUCCGGCUCAGCGCCUUCCGGGGCCACCUGCAGCGCUGGCUCCGAACAGGUGCCACAUCCUUCGUUCCUGGUGCAGGUGAAGGUGUCAGCAGUCCGGGCACGAGGUGGAGUGGACGGAGGAGCCCAACUACAUGUUCCGGCUCAGCGCCUUCCGGGGCCACCUGCAGCGCUGGCUCCGAACAGGUGCCACAUCCUUCGUUCCUGGUGCAGGUGAAGGUGUCAGCAGUCCGGGCACGAGGUGGAGUGGACGGAGGAGCCCAACUACAUGUUCCGGCUCAGCGCCUUCCGGGGCCACCUGCAGCGCUGGCUCCGAACAGGUGCCACAUCCUUCGUUCCUGGUGCAGGUCGCCUUCCGGGGCCACCUGCAGCGCUGGCUCCGAACAGGUGCCACAUCCUUCGUUCCUGGUGCAGGUGAAGGUGUCGGCGGAGUCCGGGCACGAGGUGGAGUGGACGGAGGAGCCCAACUACAUGUUCCGGCUCAGCGCCUUCCGGGGCCACCUGCAGCGCUGGCUCCGAACAGGUGCCACAUCCUUCGUUCCUGGUGCAGGUGAAGGUGUCAGCAGUCCGGGCACGAGGUGGAGUGGACGGAGGAGCCCAACUACAUGUUCCGGCUCAGCGCCUUCCGGGGCCACCUGCAGCGCUGGCUCCGAACAGGUGCCACAUCCUUCGUUCCUGGUGCAGGUGAAGGUGUCGGCGGAGUCCGGGCACGAGGUGGAGUGGACGGAGGAGCCCAACUACAUGUUCCGGCUCAGCGCCUUCCGGGGCCACCUGCAGCGCUGGCUCCGAACAGAUGGGGUAAUAAUGCCCAGCAAGUUCCAGAAGCAGUUACAAGAACAGUUAGAGCGAGAAACUUAUUUCCCCGACAUCUCCGUCAGCCGACCCGCCUCGCGGGUUCACUGGGCUAUCAGGGUGCCCGGCGACGAAGAGCAGAGCAUCUAUGUGUGGCUGGACGCGCUCGUCAACUACCUCACCGCGACCGGCUACCCGGAGGAGCAGGCUGUGCGCGCCCGCGGCCGCGCCUGGCCCGCCGACGUGCACGUCGUCGGGAAGGAUAUACUCAAAUUCCACGGGCUGUACUGGCCGGCCUUCCUCAUGGCGGCGCGGCGCCCCCCGCCGCGCCGGCUCGUGUGCCACGCGCACUGGACCCGCGCCGGCCUCAAGAUGUCCAAGUCCAAGGGCAAUGUGCUCUGUCCGAGGACCGCGCCGGUCACCGGAGAUGCUUUGAGAUACUUCCUGCUCAGGGAGGGGACGUUACAUAGCGAUGCCAAUUACAGUGAGACCAAGUUAAUAAACAUCGUGAACUCCGAGCUGGCGGACACAUUAGGCAACCUGGUGUCCCGCUGUUGCGGCGCCGCGCUCAACCCGCGAGGCGAGUUCCCCGCGCUGCACGAGGCCGAGGCCGCGCAGCUCGCCACGCGGGACGUCACGCAGGCGUUGCUGACGCGGGUGGAGAGAUUGCCAGACCAGUGCCGGGAAUACUACGCGACGUACCAGUUCUACCGCGCGGUGGACGAGGCCGUGGCCGCGCUGCACGCCUGCAACCUGUUCUUCGAAGCUCUGAAGCCCUGGGAACUACGAAAGGAGAACCGCCAACGAGAGCUGGAUGUAGUGCUGCACCUGGCACUGGAAACCUUGAGAGUGUCCGCCAUAGUGCUGCAGCCUGUCAUACCGCAGCUGGCCGGCAGUCUGCUGGACCGGCUGCAGAUCCCGCCGGACUGCAGGAGCUGGCGGCAUUGCGAGACGGCGUCGUGGCGCGUGGCGGGCGCCAUCCCCGAGACCAAGCGCCUCCGCGGCGGCAAGUUCGUGCUGUUCCCCAGAGUGUGCCGGGACAACAAGCCGGCGCCGCGGGGCGAGAGGAAGGCGGCGCAGUGA